AUGUUCCACACGCGCUCAGCGGGUGGGCCCUACACACCCUUGAAGAGUCACUCGGUGCACUCGCUGCACAGCAUCCGAGAGGACGCCGGCUGGUCUGUGGACGGCGAGAUUCGCAGCACCCACACGGAAGAGAGUGCACAUGAAGAGCGAAGAGCUACCUUGGCCUGGCUUCUCGGGAGCAGCGAUGCAGAGGUGCGCAAUGUGCUGGGCAUCGUGGCGGAGCGGAAGGGCAUUCUGCUGCAGCAGGCCUUGGAUGACGUGAAGAAGGCCGGCGCCUCGCCGCGGCCCAACAUGGAGCGGCAGCCCACGCCCAGGACCCACCAAUACUCCGAGCGGAGCUUGCUCUUGGCGCCGGUCGCUGAAAGUCGAGUGUCCACCACGUCGGAAACAGCGGUGGGCUUGCAGGCCUCGAUCAAAGAGUUCCGCCAGAGCCGCGAAAGAGAUGGUCCUUCAGCUGUGUCCGCGAGCACUUUCUGGCGAGAAGAUUGCACCUUGCAAUUCUCUUCUCCAGUCUACUUGGUGGAUGAAAACUCCGAAGAGGUGAUCUUGGACGUGAUCCGCGUGGGGCCCACGGACAGCCGUUGCCAGGUGGAGGUGACCACGGUGGGCGGCAGCGCCCAGGAAGGCGAAGCCUUCCGCGCCACACAGGUCACCUUGACCUUUGAACCCCAAGAGACCUUGAAGUCGGUGCAUGUGGAGCUCUUCGACAACGAGAACUGGGGAACGCAUACGGAGUUUUCGGCCAAGCUGGGCGAGCCGAUGGGCGCUGUGCUGGGCGAGUACUUGUCCGAGACCCAUGUGAAGAUCAUCGACGACGACGUGUUUCCCUCCAACCGCUUCAGAGAAGAGAUCGAAGGGCAUCGUUUGGAAGAUAUCCGAUCCGAGCUCCUGAGCGAGUACAUCUACCGGAACUUUAGCGACCCACUGAUUCGAUCUGGCACCAUGAAGAUGAUGAUGGUCGGCGUGCUGGACAGUCUUCUGAUGAUGUCGAAGCUUUUGAUCCACCUCUACAUCCUGCAGUUCGUGGUCAAAACCGGCUUCCCAGAAGAUGAGCUCUUGCUGGUGCAGGAUCGACUUGGGAGUCUUUACAUGUCCAUGGGCUUCCUCUUGGAUUCUUGGCGUUCGAAGCACUGGUUGCACUACCUGGCUCCAACCUGGCGUGUGGCGGGCCUUUCUCGUCGAGUCUUACAGCAUGGUGUCCUGUCAGCCUUCCUGAUCUACAACGAGGAGUCCCGGAACCUUGUGGACAAUGGACAAAUUGUCAUGGCCAUGGUCUAUGACGUGCCCAAUUUAGUCAACAACGGCUAUAUGAACGUGGUGAACCUGGUGAAUGCGGCUGGAAAAGUGCUCAUCAUUUUGGCCUUCCAAAUCUUCGUUCCGCCCCUGAUGGGCAAGCGACCCACGCUUUUAGGCUUGGGCCCGGCACUCUUCAUUCCCUGCAUCACGUACUUCUUCCUGCGCUGCCGCACCCCCUCGCAGACGCACACCCUGCGGGACGCGGAGAACAAGGAGAGCGACCUCAUCUCCCAUGUGACGGAAAGCGUGCGAACCUUCCGCCUGAUCUCGGACUUCGGCGCCUGGGACGGAGAAGUUUCUGGACAAAGUCGGGGCCUACAACAAGACCAUCAUCGACAGCAUUCAGCUGGGUGGAAACAAUGCGAAGUUCGUGGAGUGGCUGACCAUGCUGUCCAUCAGUCUCUACACCAUUUGGGGUGGAAUGGAAGUGAUCUCUGGCGAUGUGGAGCUGGGCUUAUACGUCACCAACAUUGGCGUGUUCAAUGCAGCGGGAGCAGCCGCCACGGACUUUUGCCAUGUCCUCUUGGAGAUGCAGAAGGUGACACCCUCCUUGGAACGCUUGGUGCGGUACAUCAACAUGGCCACAGAUCUACCGAAGCGUAA